GCCCCCCUCCUCUGUUCAGCCUAUAUAAGGCUCCCGGUCGGCGCUCCCGGUACACGCGCUUCAACUUCGGUUGGUGUGUGUCGAAGAAACCUGACUACGACCUGGGGAGAACAGCGAAGAGGGUCCACCGAGCCUUGCGAAAGGUCCGCUGAGCGGGCUCGCGUCCGGGGCCACUCCGGGCUGCGGAGCACCCAGCGGAACCCACGCCUGGCACAGGUGUGGGACCCCGUCCUCCUGUCUUCGCAGAGGAGUCCUCGCGUGGUGAGUAUGCGAAACAAAAAGCUUUUGAAAACAAAAAGAAGAAAGGGUGGAAGAGGAGGCCAGGACCCAGGCCUCCAUCCCCACAGGAGCGAAGCUGCACCUGGGAGGUCCCCUCCCACUCCAACUCUCACCCUGGGGCCCGACUGCCCACCUCCUCCUCCUCCUCCUCCCCCCAACGGCCCUUCCUCCUCCUCUUCCUCCUGCUCCUCCUCCUCUUCUUCUUCUUCCUCCUCGCGCAGCGGCCAAAGAGGCCAGUACAUCCCCAACCUGGCCGAACGAAGGCGGGACGAUCUCUCUGAAGAGAUCAACAACCUCAGAGAGAAGGUCAUGAAGCAGUCAGAGGAGAACAACAACCUGCAGAACCAGGUGCAGAAACUCACGGAGGAGAACACCUCCCUCCGUGAGCAAGUGGAGCCCGCCCCUCAGGAUGAGGAGGAUGACCUCGAGCUCCGAGGUGCUGCGGCGGCCGCUGCCCCGCCCACUCCCAUAGAGGAAGAGUGCCCAGAUGACCUUCCCGAGAAGUUUGACGGCAACCCAGACAUGCUGGUUCCUUUCAUGGCCCAAUGCCAGCUCUUCAUGGAAAAGAGCACCCGAGAUUUCUCAGUCGAUCGCGUCCGCGUCUGCUUCGUGACCAGCAUGAUGACCGGCCGUGCCGCCCGCUGGGCCUCCGCGAAGCUGGAGCGAUCCCACUACCUGAUGCACAACUACCCAGCCUUCAUGACCGAGAUGAAGCACGUCUUUGAAGACCCUCAGAGGCGGGAGGCUGCCAAACGCAAGAUCAGACGUCUGCGCCAAGGCAUGGGGUCAGUCAUCGACUAUUCCAACGCCUUCCAGAUGAUUGCCCAGGACCUGGAUUGGAAUGAGCCCGCCCUGAUUGACCAGUACCACGAGGGCCUCAGCGACCACAUCCAGGCGGAGCUGUCGCGCCUUGAAGUGGCCAAGUCGCUGUCCGCACUGAUAGGCCAGUGCAUCCACAUCGAGAGGAGGCUGGCCAGAGCAGCCGCGGCGCGCAAGCCUCGCUCCCCGCCGCGCGCGCUCGUUCUGCCGCACAUCACCAGCCACCACCAGGUAGAUCCCACCGAGCCUGUGGGAGGUGCCCGCAUGCGCCUGACCCAGGAAGAAAAGGAACGACGCAGAAAGCUGAACCUUUGCCUCUACUGUGGGAAUGGAGGUCACUACGCCGACAACUGUCCUGCCAAGGCCUCAAAGGCUUCGCGCGGGAAACUCCCCGGCCCCGCUGUAGAGGGACCUUCAGCGACCGGGCCAGAAUUAAUAAGGUCCCCACAAGAUGAUGCUUCAUCUCCACACUUGCAAGUGAUGCUCCAGAUUCAUCUUCCGGGCAGACACACCCUGUUCGUCCGAGCCAUGAUCGAUUCUGGUGCUUCUGGCAACUUCAUCGAUCACGAGUACGUUGCCCAAAAUGGGAUUCCUCUGAGAGUCAAGGACUGGCCGAUACUUGUGGAAGCAAUUGACGGACGUCCCAUAGCAUCGGGCCCUGUUGUCCACGAAACACAUGACCUGAUCGUUGACCUGGGAGAUCACCGCGAGGUGCUGUCAUUCGACGUGACUCAGUCUCCGUUCUUCCCCGUUGUCCUCGGGGUGCGCUGGCUGAGCACACACGACCCCAACAUCACGUGGAGCACCCGAUCUAUCGUCUUUGAUUCUGAAUAUUGCCGAUACCACUGCCGGAUGUACUCUCCGAUACCACCGUCGCUCCCCCCACCAGCGCAGCCGUCCUUCUACUACCCAGUGGAUGGAUACAGAGUUUACCAACCAGUGAGGUACUACUACGUCCAGAACGUGUACACUCCGGUGGAUGAAAACGUCUACCCAGAUCACCGUCUGGUUGACCCGACCAUAGAGAUGAUCCCUGGAGCACACAGUAUCCCCAGCGGACACGUGUACUCGCUGUCCGAGCCUGAAAUGGCAGCUCUGCGAGAUUUCGUGGCCAGAAACGUGAAAGAUGGGCUGAUCACCCCAACGAUCGCCCCCAACGGAGCCCAAGUUCUCCAGGUGAAAAGGGGGUGGAAACUGCAAGUUUCCUACGACUGCCGAGCUCCCAACAACUUCACCAUCCAGAAUCAGUAUCCUCGACUCUCUAUUCCAAAUUUGGAUGACCAGGCUCACCUGGCGACAUAUACUGAAUACGUACCUCAGAUACCUGGAUACCAAACGUACCCCACCUAUGCCACGUACCCGACCUACCCGGUAGGAUUCGCCUGGUACCCAGUGGGGCGAGACGGACACGGGCGAUCGCUCUAUGUCCCCGUGAUGAUCACCUGGAAUCCGCAUUGGUACCGCCAGCCUCCGGUACCCCAGUAUCCGCCGCCGCAGCCGCCGCCGCCGCCGCCGCCUCCGCCGCCGCCGCCGUCUUACAGCACCAUGUGAGCACUUGUCGUGUCCUUCGAGAUCUCUGCCCUCACAUUUACUCCUGUUCAGCUUCUCAACCAAUGACUGUGUGCCAAAUUGGGCUACUGCAUCUUCAGGCCAAACCUGAGGCACGGUCCUCUCUGAAACGGCUACGGAAAGGUCAGGGCCACCCUGGACGGGCACACGUCCUGAAAAGCACCAAAAGAGCGACAGAGCAUUUACCAACAAAUUCUCUCUUGGUUUUCCACCGUAACUGCCAACAUAACGAAAAUUCGUUGAAAUCUCUGUCACCAUCUGAAUUAAUAGGCUGCCAGAUUCCACCUUUAACAUUUACAGAGAAGCUGAUACAAACACAGGAAAUGCUGAUUUCUCUAUGGAGGGGGAGAUACAGAGGAGGAGGAGGAGGACAUGACUUGCAGUUUCGGUACCCUCUUUACAUCAUUGGAGGACCGACGCCUUAUUAAGGAAGCCAGAAUUGUUGGUGCAGUGUAAAACGGCUUCCGUGAUCUUUUUGCUGCACCCUUAGAAACUUCACCAUCUUCAGACUCCACAUUCAUGGUUCCGUUAAUUCUCAAGGAGCAGCAACUAGACUGGUUCUCCCAGGAGCAGGCAAACCCCCUGCAACAGCAACACCUCAGGCCUCAGAAGGAAGUGCUCUCUCAGAAGGGACUCUGGCAUGUUUAGAGUGUGCCUUCACACCCUGGUGCAAACCACAUGUACCCAAGAACUCUGGCUUUCUCACAACACCUUACCAUCAUCAUGCCAGUAAUGGCUUCCAUGAAGUGUUAAACCCGGUAAUUAGAGACUAUUGGUGAUUACGUUUUGGUCACGCACGAGGGUUAAUGAGUAGCAGCAAAUCAAAAGGAUUCCUAACCCAUACCCACCUCUUAAGAGACUGAGUUAAUGCUACCAAUUUGUCCAUCAGAAGAAAUUUCACGGGUGUUGUUAACGGGCUGGAAGAGCCUCAUCUGAAGUCUUGGAAGCAUCUCUCCAUGUGUCUGCCUCCAUUUGCAUCUGGGCAUUUCAUCAGCAGUCCCCUCACUAGACUAUAGCAUUAGGAUGCUUAGAGAGGGGACACGAAUUUAGCACCCAGACCCACACUCCUAUGCCUGCGAGGGAUAUCUUUGAAGAAGAGGGAUUGAGGCACUGGACAUGGCCUUGAAGAUACGGACUUCUUUUGUGAGCUUUAAAUCCAGAGAGUGACCUGAUGGGUAACCACUUUAAAAGAAUCAAGAGUUCACACAACGGAAAGCGGUCCCCUCUAGGGGAUGGAGAGGAUAAUAAGCUGCCAAUGAAUGAAAGGCCUCGAAGCAACUCAAAUGACUCAAAGCAACGGACAACACAAGUGUUGUCUUCAGUCUGGUGAUGACGUCUAGUCUCCUGGAUGCUUUGUGCUAACCUGGGACUGCCUGACUUCUUUAGCCUGGUCUAUUGCUACUACCUUGAACUGUUUGUCUAACCUUUCUCUUUGUUUAAUUCUUUACUACUGCCAUUAACCCUGCUGCAGGAUUCGUGUCAUCUUUCCUGCCUGGUUGCUGAGACUCCAUUUUGCUGCCAUGCACGGAGGAGAAAGAGGCAGGCUUCAAGGGGCAUGUGUUUCAAUACACAACGUCCAAUUGCCAAAACACAGUUUGAGCAGUAGGCCGUGUGGUACAUAUUUCCAAUUGCUUAUCAUGAAGAGGAGUCCAACGGUGAAGUUUCAUUUUUCAUCCACAUCAUCUUUCAUACAUUCAUUAUCGUCCCCCCCCAUUCUUGCAUGUUUAAAUACUUAAAAGUUUUAGCUGUAGAUUAGUGGUGUCUUUUAACAGUGUUUUAAAGUGGUGACUGCUUUCAGAAGUUAUUUCCAUUGAAUUACAAAGUUCUAUCCAAUUCUUACUGUUAAACUAAUUAAAAUGGAUAAGUUAACAUAGUAUAAAAUAUUUUACUGUGAACUUCUCUUACAACACUGUGAAUGAGAGUCCUCAGAACUGGAGUAUUUGUAUAGUGGUUUAUCCCGUUAACCUUCAGUCUUCUAUUUUAACAUAUACAAGUUCAAUUUUAUCAAUUGGGCCUUUAACAAGUCACACAAAAAGAUUUACAAAUCCAAAGAAGAUAACUAAUUGGCUAGUUAAUUCCAAAAACGUUUCCUCCCCCCCCCCCCCUUCAGUGGAAUCAGAAAGCUUGUCAGUCACCCACGUGUAUUAGAGUAAUUACUUUUAAAAUGGUGCGUUUGUGCUUCUGGACUAUUUUGAAGCGUCACUUCAGUUUACCUCAGAUCAAUCCAUCAUCCAUACAUUUGAUUCAAGUUGUUUUGUGUCAGACUUACAGUUGUCAAUUGAUCUUCAAGCUGCAGAGGACCUAGAAGUAGGUCAUUUGUCUGCAGCCCUGUGGCAUGUGCACACGGACAUUUGCCAUCACCGCAAGCAAACACCUGGAGACGUUGACCAACGAAAGCAGCGGUCAGGGAGAGCAUGGUGAUGGGGAUGAAGACCCUGACGCACAUUUGGCUGUUUAGUAAAGCUUGUGGAAAACUUUGGGCAGUGUGUACUAUGCUUUAUUGCUAUAUAUACUCUCUAUUAUACUAUCUAUAAAUGUAGGUGUUAAGAAUAAGUAAUUUCAAAUUUAUUCUAUAGUAUCAGGAUUUAAUAAGUUUCCUUUCACUGAAUUUAUUUUGUUGCUGUUGAUUAUGUUAAUUGGACACUUUUUUUGGCAUUUUUCCCACAAAAAUGCCUUUAUUCAUUAGAAAGGAAAGAGCAAAGGAAUUAAAUCUCUAAGGGAGUUAGAAAGGGAGCAAAAUAAAGCAUAAAGGACAUAAAUAAAUCAGCAUAUCAGCAUUAUUAAGCAAAGCCGGUAGUCGACCUUUUUGAAACAAAUUGGCAAACGUGAUUAACUUUUGACCCAAAUUUUCAGUGUUCAUGAAAUCAAGGAAGAAGAAGAUAUGAGCUCCCAUUGUUGGGCGACCCUGGAGAGAACUAGUGAACGUCAUCACACUAGGAUAUUGAGAUGGAGGAAGUUUACAUACAUUUCUGAAGGGUCAAUUUAGUUUGAGCAAUGAGGUAUUUGUAUUGGAUGCUGGAAAACAGAGAAUUAGUUUGAUUCAAUCAUGCAAGGUGGCACAAUGGAUAAAGAGGGCACAUCUGUAUCGUGCAGUUUGGAUUUGUUUUUAAGUUUGCAGGUACCUCUUGGGCUCCUGGAUUGAUCUGGUUGUCAUCCACCACAGACAUCGAACAUCAGAUGCAGUUCCAAGAUUGGCAACAGAGAACACUGCUGGAAAGACCCGGACAAAAAUGAAGGAUCACCUGCCGUGAUGAAGAGCUGGGUGGGAACCGUUUAUCUAAAGAAUGAACAUCUAGUGGGGUUGAAAGUUCUUUGUUGUCUCGGAUUGUAGAAAACGAUCAAUUGAAUUGGUCUGUGGAAAUUGCGUUGUUUUUAUUUCUUUAUGUAAUCAUUUAAGUAAUAGGGGAUAUAUAUAAUGAUAAGUAUUUUAGGGUGGGAGGGACUAUUAAGUAAUCUUAAGUGGGUGGGGUUAGUUUAAAAGUUAGCAUGAUAUUAUGUAUUAGAUAACUCUAUAAGUGGACAUGUGUACUUACUUGUGAUCCUUUACCCUAUGAUUGCUACCCUUAAAGAUUUCAAAUAAACUCAGAGGGAACUGCAGAGAGAUCAACCUAUUUAGGGCAGAUUGGACAUGGACAAAACUCUAGUGGGAAAAAGUUCAAAGAUGAUUAGAUAAAUCAUUUAGAAGAGGCUCUUUGCCCUGGGUGUUAACUCCAGGGGUCCAGAUUGUGAGCAAAGCCUUUGGAGAGUUACAGGAUGAGUAGGUACUCUUUGAAAAAUUCUUGCUGGAAUGAAACUGGUAAUGAUGGAAGGUAAAUAUUUAUGGAAGUUACCGGAAAGUGAUGAUGCCCCUGUCAGUGGCCCUCCUACUUACCCCUGCCUCCUCUCCCUACCACCUCCCUACCCUUCCCCAUUUUAUUGCUGUAUUUCUCUCUAUUUACUAAUAUUGUAUUGAUGUUAUAAUAAAAAUUCAAUUAAUAAAGAUUUAGUGGUUAAGUGCAAA